AUUGUCCGCGUAAUCUGCCUUUGGCCACCAGAGGUCAGUACAUGCAACAACUUCGCUCCGGAUACCAUUGCCUUUUGCGUCCUUUGAGAGGCUCAGUGGAGAAGAGACAACUAUGACUUCAUCAAGCUCCGGGGUUUAAGGCAAUGCCAAUGGUGUUCCUCUUGUUCGCUUCUGUCUUUCCAUUGGACCAUGGACGUUGGUGAUAGUGCUGUGUUGGUGAAGUGAAAGUGGAUGUAGAAGGGGACGUUCUCUGUGAAAUAUCCUGGGCUCGCUGGAAAAUGGAACUCUGUCGUUGCUGAACAAAGGGAAAUCGCGCAGCACCAUCGCAUGUGUGAGUCUAAGGGACCAGGAUGGCUGGAUAAACCGAAAAAAUCAAAUCGGCACGGCAAGAGCAUCCACCAUAUGGUUUGCACAUCUGCAGUGGAGCUGAUGAACAAUACACAUAAUAAAGGAAGAUCACCGACCAAAUAUAGCGAGCGGUUGACAGGUUUACAUAUUUAGUUUUGCAGAUUGUGAACGAGCCUGCUAUUUGGUUGGCUUGGAGUGUUUGAAUGGAAACGGAGUGGAGCUGACCUCGCUUCUUCGUCGAGUGGUGUGCUUGCUGUUAAAAUAUUUCAAGCAACCUAACUUGGUAGCUAGCUAAGUAUUAUGUAGCUAGCUGUCUUUGGUAAGCUACAUCCUGUCAGUGUUGUGAGAUGGUCUGAUAGAAACCUAUUAGGGGUUAUCUAUAUUUUGUGGCAAUUCAGACAAGGGAAAGGGUGUUUGCAGGUUGGGAAUAGUCAGGUUGGUGUUGAAAUUUCAUUAACAACAAAAUGUUGAUGUUGGGGCAUCAAUGCCAUACGGUAUAAGGGUUCACCGUCCAGACUUUGGACACUGUGGAGGCACCGCGCGAACGGCGUAGGAAAGGAGUACGGGAACCGCCGUCUGAUUGUUGUGAUUACCUUCUGUAUUAUGUUAGCUAGCUAGCUGGCUACCCAGACAUGCAUCUUGGGCCGGCUAGCUAGCUAGCUUGGCAUAACACUUAUUUGCCACCUUGCCAUUACAUUAGAGACCCUAUAUUUAGUUAGCAAUAUUAGCCAGUUGAGUGAUACGGUUGGAAUACUUGGAUUAGAGAUCUUCCUGGAUUUGAAUUGGAUUAUUCUGUUGGGUUUGUCUAUUGGAAUUUGAAAAUUACAGCUGCCACUGACUAUGGCAGCAGUAGUCAACUACUCGUCUCCCUGGUGGGUGAACCUGCUUCACCGACUCCCCCACUUCAAUCUGCAGUUCGAGAAAACAAGCAGCGAUUUUCGCCCUGAAGAUCUGGAAUACCUACAGUCGGUGCUGCUGCUUGGAGGCGUGGCCCUGGCCUGCCUGGCCCUGGACCUCCUCUUCCUGCUGAUCUACUCCUUCUGGCUGUGCUGCCGCCGCAAGAAGACCGAGGACCAGCCCAACGCCGACUGCUGCUGCACGGCCUGGUGCGUCAUCAUCGCCACGCUGGUCUGCAGCGCUGGCAUUGCGGUGGGUUUCUAUGGGAACGGGGAGAUGUGCGACGGGGUGAACCGGCUCACGUACUCUCUUCGCCAUGCCAACCGCACGGUGUCGGGAGUGCAGAAACUGGUGACGGACAGCAGCUCCUCGCUGAACCUGACGGUGGAGGAGAGCCUGCGGAAGCUGGAGGAUCAGUACUCCAAGCACACGGACUACGUGUCCAUCGUGCAGAAGCUCCAGGGCCAGCUGGAGGAGCUGGUGCGCCAGAUGGGGGAGAUCCCCUUCUGGGACAACCGCCGCAUCUCCCUGGAGGACCUGGCCGCCAAGAUCGAGCUCUAUGACUGGUACAGGUGGCUGGGCUACUUGGGCCUGCUGCUGUUCGACGUGCUCAUCUGCCUGCUGGUGCUCUUCGGCCUCAUCCGCAACUCCAAAGGGACCCUGGUUGGCGUCUGUUUGUUGGGCGUGUUUGCUCUCAUCGUCAGCUGGGGAACCCUGGGCCUAGAGCUGGCUGUUUCUGCGAGCUCCAGUGACUUCUGCAUUGCCCCGGCCAUGUACAUCAUCCAAGUGACCAAGGAGUACGCCGUGGUGAAGGAAGACAUCCUGCAGUACUACCUGGGAUGCAGCAUGACCUCGACCAACCCCUUUCAGCAGAAGCUGUCAGGAAGUCAUAAGGCCCUGGUGGAGAUGCAGGACGACGUGGCGGAACUUCUGCGCUCAGCGGUCGGAGAGUAUUCAAAGACCAAGGGAAACCUGGAGCAGAUCCAGAGGGUGCUGAACACCACGGAGAUCAGCCUGCACCAGCUCACCGCCCUGGUGGACUGCCGCAGCCUGCACAUGGACUACGUGCAGGCGGUGACGGGGCUCUGCUACGACGGGCUGGAGGGGCUCAUCUACCUGGUCCUCUUCUCCUUCGUCACCGCCCUGAUGUUCAGCUCCAUCGUCUGCAGCGUGCCGCACACCUGGCACAGCAAGAGGAACGAGGACGACGCCGAGGAGGAGUCUCUGGCCCAUAGCAACCGGCAGCCCCAUGACAACCUGUACCGCGUGCACAUGCCCAGUCUGUACAGCUGCGGGAGCAGCUACGGCAGCGAGACCAGCAUCCCCGCUGCGGCGCACACCGUCAGCAACGCACCCGUCACCGAGUACAUGACCCAGAACGCCAACUUCCAGAACCCCCGGUGCGAGAACACGCCGCUGAUUGGCCGGGAGUCGCCCCCGCCCUCUUACACCUCCAGCAUGAGGGCGAAGUACCUGGCAACCAACCGGCCCGACCCCAACAGCUCAGCCGCUCAUUAAGGGAGGGACGGCCCCCCCGCUCGCACCCCUCCGCAGAGGCCCGACCCGGAAGUCUCCGGCUUCCGGAACUUUCCCCCCACCACCACCACCUACCACCCGCCACCUACCAACACCACCACGCACCGCCGCCCUCCCACUCGCCCCUGAAACGGAACAGUCCCACUCAACGCUUCUGCCCUCGCCAACGCCACCAGUGACUAACCAGCGAGGCGUCCGCGUAAUGGAUGCAGGCCCAAAAAAAGAAUGUUCCGGCACCUUGUAAAUAGCGCUCUAUAAAUGAAGACUGAGGAAACCAGCUUUCCCCCCUACGCUCUCGCUCUCGCACACGCACACGCACACGCACACGCACGCACAUACAAAGUGAAAGGGGGGGUAACAGGGGCAGCGUCACCCCCCACCCUCCCCAACUCGCUUGCUGGUUUCCAUGACACCUUUCUUACCGAAGACUGACCUGCACUGAUCGCUAGAAUCUUACGUUUUUCUUCCUGAUCAUUCCACAAACCGACUUUUUUUUGAAAGGCGCGAUUUCAUUUUUACUUUUUUUGCUUUAUUUUUGUACGCGUGUUCAAAAACCAGAAAAUGGAACUUUGCGUUUACUACUGAGAGGCCCUGCGGCGGCUUUGCCGGGUUUCACCCUAUCAGGAAGGAAAGAAAGCCGCCGGGCGUCCCGAGCGUUUCCUCCUCGACCGCGGCGUCCCCCUUCGAAGUGCGCGGAACUCGCCGUUGCCGCGCGGACGAAAUUCUGUUUCCGUCGGCGACGGCCGCUUGGAACGCUUCGCUGUUUUCCACCGACGCCCGUUUAUAUAUAUAUGCAAUUUGCCUCGAACCGUCGGCUUCCGGGGAUGACUCUCCGGAUGCGGUGACCGGAGACGCGCUGCGGUUUUCCGCCCGCUGGUGCGGUUCUCCGCGCUGACGGGACUUUGAUGUUGGGCGGAAUCCGUAAUUCACGCUUUUUUUUUCGGUGUUCGUUUUCGCUCGACGGCGACAGAUCCGUCUGAUCCGUGAGAAAAAGCGGCCGGAGUCAGACGGGACUGCGCGCCGCGGGAUUUACAAUUACGACUACAUCGCUGGAAAGAUAAAAAAUAAAAAAUUUAAAAAAAGAGCAGCUGUUGAAUCGGGGACAUUUCACGGAGCGGUGAAAAGAAAGAAGCGGCAGAUGAGUUUUGGAUAUAGCUUCUUUUUUUCUUUCUUCUUUUAAAAAAAUAAAAAAAUAAAACCGUACGCAAAACCAACCGCCCCUGCUUCCUGAAGGGGUGGAAGGGCAUCGCGUGUGUGUACAGCGCUGUUCAUCUGGGCCGAAGGGAGGGGGGGUCUCAGGAAAGCUCAUCUUUCCAUUACUCACAUUGUGAACGGUGUACUUUUACUGUCUGCGUGGCUCGAAUGCACUGGGGAAGGCUUGCAUACGGACCGGUGCAGUGAAAGCAACAAAAGCAAGGUCUGAAGAUUCCAUAAAUACCACACAAAGUACAGAUUUUGGGUAACCUCUCACGUGGAAUAUGUAAUGAAGUAGUCCUUUUCUAAAAGGUUACAGCCUUGUGUCAAGCAGGCAUAAGCGCGCUCACUAUAUGGACGGAAGCGCAACAUGCUAACUCAAGAAGUCUUUCUUUUGAGUUAAACAGGAUUUCAGCUGAACUUCAGGACAGCAGCCUCGUCAGUGUGCUUGUGGCCCACGUGUAGUUCCUCCGGCAUACAAAUUCACUGAGCAUGAUGACGUCCAAAUGACUGUACCGUGUCUUGUGUUGACCUCAGCAGGGUAACUGACCAAUAUACUGGAACCAGUGUUUUGUUUUCUUUUUUCCCCUUUCCUGGAUGCAGGUGGCUGACGUCUUACUUUUGAAGGGAAUUUGCACUUGGAAUUUUACUUUUGGUUUUGGUUUGAAUGGCGGGUGCUUGUGUACGCUCCUGUCGUGAGCUGGACCCAGGACCUUGAGUUUUGAGGAUUCGGUCGGGAUGCUGGUCGGCGCUCUGAGGCUAGACUCGGGCGACAGCGGCCAGCGGUGAAGGCGAAUGGGACCGAGAGUAAUUCUCGACUUUUUGCCCGAUUUCCUUCUGACUGAAAAAAAGGAAGCAACCUUGUUUGUUUCUUGUUUUAAAAAUGAAUUUAGAAUAAAUUGACCGAAUUGGUGCUUUUACAGUGUGGUGACGUGACUGACUAACUACAGUGGUUUAUUUUUAUGUUUUUGUUUCUUCCUGUUUUAAACUGGAAGUUUUGGGCUCGCACAAACAAGAAAAAGAGGACCACUGGUUUUUAUUCAUUCCACUGCUGUCAAAGACGUUCUUCUCUUUCCUGGAAAGCACAAACGUUUUAUUCAAACAGCUCUGGAUGGCUCCUCAGCCGAACCCGAGUUCUGGAAGAGAAAAAAAAAAACGAGAGAGAGAGAAUGGCGCGAUGGCCGGUGGAGAGAUCCGCGCUCCUCGCGCGGACUCUUCCUCCACGCUAAAAAGACUUGUCGGACUGUAAGAUAAUAUUGCUGUGCAUUUCUCUAUUUCCCAGAUUUCUAGUGUUAGUAUCGGUAUUCCUGUGCGUAAUGUGGACAGUGUGUUUGCUUGCCCGUCGCCCGUUUCCGCACGACCAUCGCGAGGACUUCACCCCACCACCCCUCCCUAACCACAGCCCCACACCCCGUUAUGCAGCCGUUUCCCAUAACGUCUCUGUGAUACAACGACAGCGGUGGGUAGGCUAGUAGUGCCGACAAAAUCACGGUGGUUCCAGAAAAAAAAAAAUUCUGGAACGAUUAAUGAGCCUCACCUAGCAACAGGCCCGCGCAUUAGCCGUUUAUUAAUUUUGACAUUUCACAAUGAAUAAACUGCGUAGUGCCGGCCUCGCUUUUAAAGAGCAAACAAAACAACCUGACGGACCCUUGAAACGGAAUGGUGCUCUUUGAAUUAUUUUGCUCUAACUGCAGACCUUGAUAUAGAGGGUGCCUCUGUGAAUGGCAGGUUACCCUCUGAAACUAGGCAACCGUUGAAAUGUGAAAUAAAAUCAAAUAACGAUGAAACCAGGGUGACGAGGUCUGUGCGCUAGCGCGUUUCAAUACCUCCUAAUUAAGGGGCAUUUAAUUAGUCAACAAUACGAGAGAGAUUUGUAAAAAUUAAAAAAAAUGUGCCAAUCGUCAUAAACUGUUCCUUUCCAUUUUCUCCCACGCCCAUGAAUUAAACGGUAAAUGUUGUUGAUGAUCUUUCCUCUCUGGCCUUUUCUAUACGUACAUUUCCGGGAGACGUACAUAACCAAAAGAGACGCCUGUGGAAAUGUAGCCAGUCUUUUCUAAAAAAAUAAAUGAAUUGCAUUUUUAAUUUCCGCGUGAAAGCCCAUCGUCACGGUGAGACAAUCUUAUUGUUUUGUAGUAUACUUUCUCUUUAUUCAGCAUUUCUGGAACUAUGUAUCUACAGUGUAAUGCACGAAAAAAGAAGAAAUCUGGUGAAAAGCAAACUGCCUUUGUAAACACGUUUAAACAGGUGAAUCUCUUACAAGUUUUUGUUUUCUUUUUAAAACUUGUCUAGUCCCCAUAGUAUAUUUUAUGAUUAUUAGCAACACAGUUUUUGUUUCUUAAUUGUUGAUACACAUACACUUGGUCUUGCAUUGCUCUGUUUUGAUAAACUAUAUGACUGUAGUUUUUUUAAAUUUUAUUUUGAAAUUACUAAAAUAUUGUAAAUGUUAAACCUGUGGUUUUAUUGAGCUUGAAUUCGGUGUUUUAAAAUUCAAAUUAAAGUUACUUAACAGAA